UUUAAAGCUAGAAUGUGAAAAACUGGCCAGCGAGAAGACAGAGAUGCAGCGACAUUAUGUCAUGUAUUACGAGAUGUCGUAUGGGCUGAAUAUAGAGAUGCAUAAACAGGCAGAAAUUGUGAAGAGGCUGAAUGCUAUAUGUGCACAAGUCAUUCCCUUCUUGUCCCAAGAGCACCAGCAACAAGUGGUGCAGGCUGUGGAGCGUGCCAAGCAAGUGACCAUGGCAGAACUGAACGCGAUCAUUGGGGUACGUGGUCUUUCCAUUUCAGCUCUAAUACAACAACUCCAGGCCCAGCAUUUGUCACAUGGACAUGGUCUUCCCGUGCCACUCACUCCGCACCCCUCAGGUCUGCAGCCUCCAGCCAUCCCACCCAUUGGCAGCAGUGCUGGUCUCCUGGCACUGUCCAGUGCACUGGGUGGGCAGUCCCACCUCCCAAUUAAAGAUGAGAAGAAACACCAUGAUAACGAUCACCAAAGAGCUCCAGGUGGGUACAAGACCCACAACCUGCCCCAGCGCACCUGUUCUGCCACUGGCAACUCUGCCAUGUCCCAGCUGAAUGCCAGUGAGCUGACGGUUGUCAGUUUUGCUCCUACCUACAUGGCUCUGCAUAACAACCAGGACCUGACAGGAACUGUCAGUUUUCACUGUGAGGAGCAAAGGCACUGA